CUCAUCAUCAUCGUCGGCAGCGAGCCGCCAGUUGCCUAGUGACGAAAAACUAUCGACUGCUCCCGAUUUCCUGCGUUUUCAAAAAUCUCAUCGCUGGCGCUCAGCUAGCGCCAACUUUUCUAAACACAUUUCAUACGAAUAUCUAGUCUUCACAUCCGGAGAAUUGGACGAAAUAAUAGUUGUUAAUCUGGCAGGGGGUGCCCUGUAACGUGUUCGGCGUUUCAUGUCGCGUUAUAAUGAGUUUUGAAGAAUGAUGAAUAAUUAUACCUUCAUCAGGGUCGUUGGGAAAGGGAGCUAUGGGGAGGUGAACCUGGUGAAACACAAAUCAGACAGAAAACAGUAUGUUAUAAAGAAGCUGAAUUUAACCACCUCCUCGAAGCGGGAGCGACGCGCUGCAGAACAGGAGGCACAGCUUCUGUCCCAGCUGAGACAUCCUAACAUUGUGACAUACAGGGAGUCUUGGGAAGGAGAUGACUGCCAGCUGUACAUCGUGAUGGGUUUCUGUGAAGGUGGUGAUCUCUAUCACAGACUUAAACAACAAAAGGGGGAACUCUUACCUGAGAGGCAGGUGGUGGAGUGGUUUGUCCAAAUAGCCAUGGCACUCCAGUACCUGCAUGAGAGAAAUAUUCUUCACCGAGAUCUUAAAACACAGAACAUCUUCCUGACAAAAACCAACAUCAUCAAAGUUGGGGACCUUGGCAUUGCACGAGUAUUGGAGAACCAGAAUGAUAUGGCCAGCACACUCAUAGGAACCCCUUACUACAUGAGUCCUGAGCUCUUUUCCAAUAAACCCUAUAACCACAAGUCAGAUGUAUGGGCCCUGGGUUGCUGUGUGUAUGAAAUGUCCACACUUAAACAUGCCUUCAAUGCCAAGGACAUGAACUCACUGGUUUAUCGCAUAGUAGAAGGAAAGCUGCCACAGAUGCCUAGUAGAUAUGAUCCCCAGCUUGGAGAUCUGAUCAAGAGCAUGCUAUGUAAGAGACCUGAAGAAAGGCCUGAUGUCAAACUUAUCCUCAGGCAGCCCUACAUCAAAAGACAAAUUGCCAUGUUCCUUGAUGCCACCAAAGAAAAAACUGCCAAGUCAAGAAAGAAAGCGGCGAGUGGCAGUGGUGAUUGUAAAGCCAACAAUGCAUCGUCUGUUGUAUCACCUCAGCCAAAACCAGAGAGGCUGCCUCCAAGUCCUCAGCCUGAACCUCUUGCCAGGGUGAAAAGGAAAGAACAACAGCAUAAAGUUUGGAACAGCGUCACCGACUGCACUCCAGUCCAAACGCCUCCACCACCCAAACCUUCUUCACCUGAGGCUCUCAAAGGCAGCCUUGCAUCCCUGGCAACCGUCAACAACAUCAGUAUAGAUAUCCAACGGCAGGAUGAUGAGGACCUGUUGCAGAGACAAGUGCAGAGGCCCCAGUCAGUUGUGUCACACCCCCGGGCAGAUAAUGAACAUGUUACUCACAGUGUGCACAAAGACAGCAAGGGAAGAGGGAAACUAAAUCCUACUCCCCCUCCUUCUCCUGUUAAGCUCCCUCUGAAGUCUGUGUCAUGUCUUGGCAGUAGCGGAGGAGAGGAGAGAAGGGCACCCAAUGGAUUGUUAGACAUUCAGCAACAGGCCACGCCAAACCCUGGGGAUACAUUUUCUGUCUGUGGGGAGAAGCAGAUGUCAGAUGUGUAUGACAAGGAUGAUACCAUGGAGUUACUUCAACAAGCUGACAUGCAGAGCCCAAAUGUAGAAAUGGAGGGAAAAGGGGCUGCUUUUUCUAUCCCUGAGAGGACAUCUGCUCACAUAGAAAAUAUCAGAGUGGCUAUGGACAGUAAAAAUGACACCAUGACCCUUGUCAAGAGAGCGCCAACACAACACCUAUAUACCUCAGAAAUCCAAGACAAAUUGGAAUCUACUGAAAAGCUGUUAGAGCUGUUCCCUCCACCACUGGAGCCUAAUCAGGAGGAAACUCCAUUACCAGUCAUUAAGCCGGGUCUGACCAGUCCAUGCCAAGCUCCCCUGCAAUUUUCAUCAGAACCUUCUAUAUCACAGCAGCACAGAGCAAGGGACAUAAGAUGGACACCUGGGGAUCAGGACAAGUCCAAGAUGACUGCUCCUAGACCUUUACCUCCACCUCCUGUUGAGAACAGAGCCAUGGAUGGGAGGAAGAGGAACAGGAGGAGCACAGAGAGCAAGAAAACUGAUGUGGCUGCAACCUCCACAUCAGCUAGUUCCUGUAGGGAGGGAUUUUUACUACUGCCACAGGAUCGUCCUCUGUCUGCCAGAGAGAGAAGGAGACUGAGGCAGUCCCAAGAGAGUGCCAGUCAACCAGGACUUGGUGCUGUAAGAAGGGCAUCUUAUGAUGUCACUUCCAAGGCUGAGCACUACAAUGCCCCAGUUACCAGAUCUGUUUCAGACUCUAUAACUGGGACCGACAGUAAGUCAGAUAAGUCGCCGGAGCGAAGGUCAGAUGAUGAUGAAUGCAGCUCAUCCACGAGUUCCACAGAGCGUUCAGAGGGAGACUGCAGGGAGAGGAAGACUGAAUCAAGUGACAUGCAGGAUUUAGUGCACAUGAUGACCCAAACUUUGAGAAUGGAUGUUGGAAAUGGUGUGAGCGACGUGGACAAAAGCAGAUAUGGCUCUACAGCACUGCCAGAAUUUAAACUUAACAGGAAGUACAGGGACACCCUGGUGCUUCAUGGGAAGGCUCGAGAGGAAGCAGAGAACUUAUCACUCGGUGAAAUACCAAAAGGCUCCACAUCUGGUCCAGCCAAGAUAAGAAGAGCCAUAGAACACCUGAGAACAGAUGUGGUGAAGGGCCUGGGGGUCAAGCUGCUGGACAGAGUGCUGGAAAUCAUGGAGGAGGAGGAUGACACCAAACGAGAACUGUGCCUUCGUGACCAGAUGGGGGAUGAGAAGUACCAAGCUUAUGCUGUGAUGGUGAGGCAGCUGAAAUUCUUUGAGGAUAUUGCCUUCAAGAUUUAGAGAAGAACAGUGUAUACAGGGGAGUAUCCACAUUCGCCUUUUUUUGAGAACUUGCGAGAAGCUGCUCAUGAGGCAAUCAUUUUGACAGUUCUUGCAUAAGAGGAUACUUUGAAACUUGUACUAAAGUGAAAAUCGGUCAAUAUUGUUCAAGAAGAUAAAUUUGUCUCCUGCCAAAAGACCACCUUGGUUGUGCAGCAUUGCUACUUUCCUCCUUCUGCUUGCAUGCAACUUGCAUCUCAUUUGACUGCAGGUUUUCCUCACAGGACUGCCACCAUACAGCCAGUCAUAUGGAAUGACGUGUAAAAUGAUAUGUAAAUUUUGUUCACCUCAUUCCAGUACAAACUCAGAAUUUGAAAUGAAUCUUGCAUUUUUCAUGAUGCCUAUGCAAAGAUUUAAGUCAUGUUAUAGCACCAUGUCUUUCUACUAGCUGUACUUAACAUUCAUUUGUUUAUUUAUAAUGCAAGCCAGAAUUUCAAUACUUGUUUCACCUUCGCUGCAUCUUUGAAGACAUAAGAUCUCACUUCUGCUGCUCUAUUGUAUUUUCUUAUACACAAAAUCAUGUUAUUUAGAUGCAUUGUAGAUAUUAACAUUUGAAUUAUUUCUAAUAAAUCUUAAAUGUAUAUUUCUUGUGUACAACUAUUUUCCAUAAUAAACCAAUAUAAAAACAAGCCUUUCUGUGACAGCAAAAAAUAAAUAAAUAAAUAAAUAAUAUAAGAAAUGCAUCUUUGAGUGCACAUAAAACACUAUGACACAAUAUUCAGUCAA